UUCACAGAACUUUAGUGCGGAAGUUCUAACACACGUAAUUUAAAACCCUCUGCCGACGUAGCUGGACACGGAAAGAGACUCAUCUUGAGGGGGGUUACAAACUUUGGGUUUUUUCCCCUAGUGCUGACGCGGAUUGGGAGUUUGAGCUACUUAGCUCUAACCUGGACCGUGAUCUCCACCAUGUUUCUUUGGGUUUUAUUUUUAGGGGCCUUUGUUUCUAAAACAGAAUGCUACUUUUCUGAGGAAAAAUAUCCAGAAGAAUCUAAAAUGCAGCAGCCAACCGUUGUUAUUGCUAUCAUUGCUCGGAACGCGGCGCAUUCUUUACCGUACUACCUCGGAGCGUUGGAGAGACUGAAAUAUCCCAAAGACCGCAUCUCCGUAUGGGCUGCGACAGAUCACAACGCUGACAACACUACGGCCGUACUGAGAGAAUGGUUGACUGUCAUGCAGAAGUUCUAUCACUAUGUGGAAUGGAGGCCUAUGGACUAUCCCACAUCCUAUCCAGGAGAGUUGGGGCCUAAAUACUGGAGCAACGGCAGAUAUGAAUACUUGAUGAAACUCAAACAAGCUGCUCUCAACUUCGCCAAGCAGCGCUGGGCUGACUAUAUUCUGUAUGCAGACACCGACAACAUCUUGACCAACCCAGAGACCCUCAAUCUGCUGAUAGCAGAGAACAAGUCUGUGGUCGCCCCCAUGCUGGACUCUCAAGGCGCCUACUCGAACUACUGGUGUGGCAUCACUCCACAGGGUUACUACCGGCGUACGGCAGAGUAUUUCCCCACGCGUCACCGCCACCGACUGGGCUGCUUCCCGGUGCCCAUGGUCCACUCUACCUUCCUGCUGGACUUGAGGAAGGCGGGUAUGAAAAAGCUGGCGUUCCACCCUCCUCACCGGGACUACUCGUGGCCCUACGAUGACAUCAUCGUCUUCGCCUUUUCCUGCCGCGUCUCAGAGAUCCAGAUGUACCUCUGCAACAAGGUCAGGUAUGGAUACCUGAACGUCCCAGCCAAGCCCCAGAACACCAUUGAAGAUGACAGCAUCAACUUCAGCCAUCUAAUCCUGGAGGCACUGAUUGAAGGACCCCCCAUGGCCCCCUCCAAAUAUGUCAGCCUUUUCCCCAAACAAAGGGACCUCAUGGGCUUUGAUGAGGUAUAUCUGAUCAACUUGCGCCGUCGUCAGGACCGCCGGGACAGGAUGCUGUACUCACUCAAUGAGCUGGAGGUUGAUGUUAAGGUGGUGGACGCCAUAGACGGAGGGGCUCUGAACAGCAGUGAUAUAAAGAUCCUUGGAGUCGACAUACUUCCUGGGUAUUAUGACCCGUUCUCUCGCCGCACGCUGACCAAAGGAGAAGUGGGAUGCUUCCUCAGCCAUUAUUACAUUUGGAAGGAGAUCGUAGACCAGCAGAUGGACAAGGCGCUGAUCUUCGAGGACGAUGUGCGCUUCCAGGCCAACUUCAAGCGGCGUGUGCUCCGUCUGAUGGAGGAGGUGGAGUUGGUGGAGCUGGACUGGGACAUCAUUUACCUGGGCCGUAAGCAGGUGAAGCCAGGUGACGAGGUGGUGGUGGAGAAUGUGAGGAACCUGGUAGUAGCAGACUACUCCUACUGGACCUUGUCCUACGCCAUCUCUCUCCAGGGGGCCCAGAAGCUGCUCAACGCAGAGCCGCUCUCCAAGAUGUUGCCUGUCGACGAGUUCCUCCCCAUUAUGUAUGACAAGCAUACCAAUGAGGACUACAAGAAACACUUCCCUAACCGUAACCUACAGGCCUUCUCCACACACCCCCUACUGGUGCAGCCAGCCCACUAUGCCGGGGACCCCAUGUGGGUGAGCGACACCGAGACCUCCACCCUCUGGGAUGAUGACAACGUACGCACCGACUGGAGAGGUUCCCAUAAAACACUGAAGGGGUCACCACAACCCGAGAUGCUGCAGGCUACAUAUAAGGAUGAGCUCUAGCUCCCAUACAGGGGACAACUCUCUCUGUAGUGGACCGGCUUUGUCUUCACAUUGUUCUAAUUAAAACAGGGUUCAACAAACAGCGACAGACCGGGCCAGACUAGUACUGCUCAGCUCCAUUAGGCCGAGUAGCGUGAGAACGGUGUAAAGUGUUGCUGCAUCAUUCUUACACUACUUGGCCAAGAGAAGAAUUUAGGAAGAUGAAGACAUUUGCGAUGUUCUUCAGUCCCAUCAUUUAUCACAGUUCUUUUUUCCCCCAAUUUGUACUUUUUGGGUUUGCUGGUAAUCACUGGGAAAGACUGAAUAUACAAUAGCUACAUAUGGUAGUGAAGCCAUCUCAGGCUCCAGAGAUUUGGCCUGCUCACAAGUGAUUCCAGACCAAUUUGAAGGUAUCUGGGUUGGUUUGUGUAUUAGUGGUGUAUGUUAAUGAGCAUUUGAUAUGGCUGAAGGACGUUGUCAUCGGCUGUCUCUCUGUGCACCACCUAAGGGGGUGACCUGGACUCACCUCAUUGUAAACCUAGUCCCUGAGUGACGUCUGAAAUACAGGAGGAAAACAUUCUCCUCUUCUUCAGUAUAUUAUGAGAACGGUCUUGGUUUAUUUUUGCUAUUACAUUAGCUAUAUACUGCAAUCACUAACAUGGUAAGUAUUCUGUAGCUACUAGCUAGCACUGGCAGUGAUAUUGGAGCAGUCUCUCUUUUUUGGACUGGCCUCGUGGCAGAUUCUCUCACCAAACCAGACAGAAGCCAACAGACCAGGGUGAGGCCUGCUGAUUUAGGUGUAGCUGAUGGUGAUUAGUGCUCUGACAAUCAAGCUACAGUCUGACUGAACUCAUAGGUAUUGGUUGUUGGUGUUUCAUGUUUUCAACUCCAGAAUUCCAUUAUUUGUACAAAUCUUAUUUUCAGUUAUUGUAAUUUAUUUCUAGCAUUAUAUUGUGCUUUUUGAAUCCACAAUAUUAAACCCAAGUGCAAUGUCCUCAAUGUAGUGUAAUUUCCUUUCUAGGUACUCAAUGUCUAUGACUACAUUGAAAUAACUUUAAAUCAAAUGUUCUAUAUUUUGUUAUGUUCAAAGGUGGCAAAUUUGGCAGAUUAUUUUUUAUCUGAAAUGUUUAGAAAGGGAUAUGACAAUGUAAAUUGUUGAUAUUUUAAACUAAAAAUAAAGUUUUUUUCAUUGUUUAUAGAGAUAUUUCGGGUUAAAUGUCUGAAAUGUAAAUAUCUGUUACAUUAUGUAGUGACAUAAAAUCACCAAAAGAGGGCAUACAUUGACUUCUUUUUUUGUCAUCUGAGUUGUAGGCCUUAUUAAACUGAAGAAG